UCCUGAUAUUAUCAAAUGGAACACUCCGGUCAAGAACAUGAGCAACAAGAUGGUGGCAGUGCACACCACGUGUACGUUUGUGGUAGUGCAUCACCUCAACGGCAGCACAGAGUACAUCAUGGCCGAGACCUCGCUGUCGACCGCAGAUGUGGUGAGUGGAUACUGA